AUGAUACGAGCGUGGGUCCUACUCUCCGCGGUGCUCUGGUACCUCCCUAGAGUGAAAAUAUAUGUAAAAUUACAUCAAAAUAGUCCAGUCCUUGUCUGUAUGGAUUUUAAACUUGCUAAAAAAGAAACAGUGGACCCCACGUAUCUAUGGAUUGGACCUAAUGAUAAGAAAUUAACGGGAAGCAAUCGAAUAAAUAUAACUGACACAGGAAAGCUGAUGGUAAAAGAUUUUCUGGAGUCUUUGUCUGGACCUUACACAUGUACUUUUUCUUAUCAAUCUGUCCAAGCGGAAACUCAAGAAGAAAAGACUAUAAAGAAGAGAUAUGAAUUUAUAAUGUUUGCCUAUCGGGAGCCUGAUUAUUCAUAUCAAAUGGCUGUACGUUUUACCACAAAGUCUUGUGUAGGAAGGUACAAUGACCUGCUUUUUAGAGUGCUGAAGAAAAUCUUGGAUAAUUUAAUCUCUGAUUUGACAUGCCAUGUCAUAGAACCAUCAUAUAAAUGUCAUUUUGUUAAAAUUCCAAAACAUGGCCUCAUACAUGAGCUAUUUAUAGCCUUUCAAGUUAAUCCUUUUGCACCAGGGUGGAAAGCUGCAUGCAACCAGUCUGUUGACUGUGAAGAUAUCACUAACCAAAAUGUCCUCCAGGCAAGAGAUCGGAUAGAAGAAUUUUUUCGGAGCCAAGCAUAUAUUUUCUACCAUGACUUUAAUAAAACUCUACCAGCUAUGCAUUUUGUAGACCACAGUUUUCAAGUAGUACGUAUGGAUAGCUGUCGUCCAGGCUUUGGAAAAAACGAAGCUAUGCAUAGUAAUUGCGCUAGCUGUUGCGUGGUUUGUAGUCCUGGGACUUUCAGUCCUGAUAUUGAUGUUACUUGUCAGACCUGCGUUUCCAUCCAUCUCUAUGGAGCUAAAUCUUGCCCGUAA